AUGCGCGCCGAGAGCGUACAUCGCACGUCGUCGGUGCGCACUUCCUCAUCACACCGGAGCACCAUAGAGACUCGUGGCGCGCCAGAAUUCGAUCGUGAGUAUGCACGUCAGCUGAGCUUAGCCAAGCGCGGCCGCAACAGCAGCGUGAAGACGUCUCAGCGCACUACACCGGAGCAAGAGCUGCCGUCAGAGAGUCAGCUGUACGGCUCCGCAGCUCUGGCGGCCUCUCGCAUCAAAGACUACGUCGCGACGCACGUCACACCACCUCGCCUUCCGCACUUGAGUAGCGCCCGGCGCAGCGGUGAGCACGGCGGCACAUCUAUCGGCGCAUCCAAUGUGGGGACGACACACCAGCAUUCGUCGCAGGCUCUCGCAACACCGACCAGUGGGAAGGAGGGGGCGGGGUCGGAAACGCCGUUGUUCCUCAACUCCACGCGUCGCGGCAGUGCCUUCGAUGACACGAAGGCCCCCACGGAAGCGAUGGCAAGCGCCGAAGUGAGUUUACUGCUCUUCUCGAUCAAGACAAUACUUUUCGUCGGCAUUGUGUUUUUUACUGUGCUCUGCGCCAUUUCCUUCGUUGUGUCGGCCUCAGCUGACUACAACCCAUCAUACUUUGCCUUUAGCGGGGCCUCGUCGACGCCUCGGCCGCGGCUGCGCGACGACACAGUCGGCAGAAGGGGGUGGCCCGACCGGCUUGUGCCCGAGUUUCACCGCCAGGUGGCGCUGCACAUGCGUCGAGCACUGAGGCACGUGCUAAGCUACGUUGACGUUCCCAGUUUCUCCCGUUUGGUCGGCUCGGUGUUGGCAGCCUCCAAGGCAUAUAUGUGGAAUCCUGUGCACGCGAUGCUGCCGCGCAUUGAUCGGCAGGUGCAUCCGGUGCUUCGGUACAUCUUCUUGAACGCGACGGAGGACGGCAAGGGGUGGGGCCUCACCACCGUUAUCACUCUCGCCGCGUCGGUGGCGCGCUCCCUGGUGCAGCUCCUCGUGGAUCCUGUGCUCAUUGUUGGCUGCACUCUGCAGGCGCUGCAUAGAUGGCUUGGCGGGCCAAUGACCUUGCUUUCCACCUCGCUGAAGCCGCUGCAUGCGACCCCCGGCAACAUGUCCUCUGUGGUGGCCGCAGCAAAGGCGAACGGCACCUCCGUCACCACGCGCGCCGCCUCGUCAGCCCUGCUCUGGUUGUGGAGGCCGCUGCACUCGCUGUGGGGUGUGACCAUGUCUGCCUACUCCUCUCUCGGCGACAUACCGGAGCCGCGCAACUACUCCACCUCGGCAGCGACACCAGCUAACGCGUCAACAAUCCCCAACAGCUCUCCACUCUCUAACAGGAGCGGGAAGACACUGUCGAGGACGUCGGCGGAGGUUACCCCGUGUUUCGUCGCUGCGCACGUCGAAGUGCGAACGGCGCAUGCGCGUCGCUUAGAAGGCGCGCUGUGGCCGUCGUUGCUGGACGCACACCGUCACGAGAUGGAGGGUUUGGCGAAGGAUGACGUGUGGGAGCUGCUGCGAGGCGAGGGCGACGCAACGCGGAGAGUCGAUGUAGCGCUGCGCGCUGGAAGCCUCGUAAUAGACAUCGCGGUAACGUCGCAAGUGAUUCUGGAGAGCACUCCACGGACGGCAGGCGGCGGUGUGGAGAAAACGACAGGGGCUGCGGAGUCAGCGCGUCGUGCUCGGCAGACCGCCCUGAACACUGAGCUGCAGCAAUGGCCUUUCCCUCGUCUGCAGGCCUUCUACAACCGGGCGGUCUCAACAGCUGAGACGCAGAGGACGAGUGCAGCAACGCUUGCCGCCGCGGUCGCCGCGUGCGAGGGCCGGGUGACGAAGUGCCAGCAGCAAUGCGCAUCGAUCCAGCGUAAGCUGGAGCGCGAGCUUCACAACUGCACCAGCGACGUGACCAAGUCGAAUCCGUCGCAUGCAAAUGCAAGCGAGGAAGCGACCAAGGAGUUGAGCGCGCUGCUUCGCGAGUGUAGCGAUGAGCUCGCUAAUUGCCAUGCGAACCUCUCAUGGUCCACAGCUGAUCUCGCCGAGCAGGAGAGGCACACGGAGCUGCGCGAACGAGGGAGCCAUGAGUCCCAGCUGACUCUCGCAGCUUCUCGGCAGGGGGUCACUGGCGCUGCUGCUGUCCUCGCGGAGGGUUUCAGCAACUCGGACGAAGAGCGGCAGCGGUGCGCCGCGAGCUUGGCGGCGGCCGCGCAAGAGUGCGAUCAGCGUGUGCGCGACACACGCAGCUCGUUGGAUGCCGACCAUGCAAAGCAGCUCACCUCUUUCAAGGAGGAGUGCGCCCGUCAACGCAGCGCGCUGGAUAAGGCGUCGUUGGAAAAGGUCAAAUUGGCAGUGCAGCGGGCGGAGGCAACGUGCAGCGAGCAGCUGAAGGCGAACGUGGCUGCGUGCAACGAGAGCGCCGCUAGCGCCCUUGAGCGUCUUCGAGAGGCACUGACCGCCGCCAAGGCAGAAGCUGAGAGACGCGUGACCACCUGCGAGGAUGCUGCUGAGCAGGCCCGGGUCUCCUUUAGCGCCGAACGCGCGCAGCUGGAUGCCUCCUGCGCGGCGCAGCUGGCAGCGCUGGACGAAGAGAUGCGCCGCACGAGCACCGCUGCAGCGCAGAAGGCUGAGACUGCAUGCACGGGGCGCCUCUCUAGGGGGUUAUCUGCUCUCAACAGCAGCGCGGUGGCGGCUGCCUCGGAGCUUCAGCGGCAGCUAGAGGAGGGCACGCGGGAGGCUCUGCGAAGCGCUUCUGCGUGCGAUACGUCACGGCGGCAAGCCAAGGCGGAGUGCGAGAUGACGCUAACGCGCGUGCGCGAGGAUUGCACGGCGCAGCUUCUCAAGGCGCGUGAGAACAGUACUGCGGCGGCGCGGCGGGCGCGGGAAGAGGAACGUGAAGCACAGCAGCGUAUCUCUGCUAGCAAUUGGCGGCUCGAGGAGAAGCGACUUGCAGCGCAGUGUGCGGCCACCACUCAAGCGGCUGUCAGCGAGGCCUCCCAGCUGCUGGCUACGAAGCACGCUACGGCACAGGAGGAGGCCGUGAUAGAGGAGCGACGGCGCACGGCGACGCUGCUGCGUCGAAGAGACGAGGCGUACCAGCUGCAAAGUGAGACACUUCUAAAGCACCAUCAGGCGCAAGUGCGCGAUCUUGGCGCUCAAGUCGCCGUCUGCACAGCACAGCUCCAAGCUGCCGAGGCAACCCAUCAAGAAAUGGCGCAGAAGGCGCGUCAGGUGCUUCACGCGGCGAUGGCUGACAGUGCGACCGGGGCGUGCUUGGAAGUGACGCAGCACAAUCUACACGUCUGCGCUGACGUGCGCAAAGCUGUCCAAGAAGAGCUGCACAAGUUGCCCCUCAACGCGAGCUCCGCGGACGCCUUCGCGCAUCUGCUCAAGAGCACCGUUGAGCCGGGAAGGCUCAUGUGGAAAUUCAGCGGAGCCUCGGUGCAUGCAUCGAGAGGCGGCGAGACCGCUGCCUCGAGUGGGCGUCAGGCGUGCUUCACCCCGUAUCUCCGCGUGUCUGGCGUGCUCUUCGCAUUGCUUGCUUCUGCCUGCGUUCUGGCGAAGUACCCGCGAACCCGCCGCUUGUCGGAUGACAAAAUCGCCCGUCUUGACACGCUCAUAGCCGCAAGCAAGACGGCGACGACGCUACGCUCGACAACGCUGUCGUCGCGCUCGAAGAGGAGCCGAUCCAGGCACCCCGGGCAGUUUCCUGCGGACGGCGAGUCUCCUCUGAGCUGGGAUGUGUUGUUUGAGGCUUGCAUGGCGAACAGCUUGGAGACUCUUCUGGCGUGGCACUCCACGUGCUGUGCUGUGUUGUUGGAGCGGGAGACGCACAGGCUGCGAGGGCAACCGCACGAAGUGAACACGUGCGAGGACGUCCUGGCGACGGAUGCGUCCACCUCGCUCUCAGAGAGCGUGCUGGGCGACGCGCAUGCCCUCUCUCUCUCCCGCGGCGGUCCUGCUGGGAGUCUGAGCUCGGCAUCCACCUUCCCUGUCGCGCGUGAAGACGCCGCACGGCUGUCACAGCUGCACGCCGCCUUCAUCAACGGAUACUACGAUAUGCUGGAAAUGUACUACGUGGACUUGGUGAGCGCUGUCGCGCACCGUGAUCUGACGGGUCGUCAGCUGCAGGAUGUGAAGUCUGUGGCGGCGCGGCAGGCUGCGGCGCUGCAGAAGCAGUCGGCGGUCGCAGCACAACUCAAGCUGUCACUCGCGGAGAAGGAAAACCCUGCUAGUUUCGCAGCCAUCAAGGACAAGCUCGCCAAGGUCGAACGAUGCGCUGCAGCGCAGGAAGAAACAGUCGCCCUCCUCGAGCAGCUGAAAAUCAGCAGAGAUGAGCUCGACAAAGCCCGUGGUGUGGUGAGCUCACCAGCGCCGUCUCCCUGCACCACGGUGGCGACUGCAACGGCGACUGCGCCGGAGAGCUCGAAGUCGCGACAGAUGCGCUCCCUGCAGGAGUUGGCCGAUGACGGCGCCGACGGCGACUCUAACAGCACCUCCGACUUCUCCAAUCUGGAAAGAGAAACGGGCGCGCACCGCGAUCCUACGUCGCUGCUCCCGGUGAGUGCCCAGGGCAGCUCGACCUUACCGUUGGCCAUUAAGAAGUCGACGAUGGUGCGCAAUCCCGACUCCACGCGUCGCUACCACAAGCUUCAGUGGAACGAUGAUGUAGACAUGACAUGA